GUGGAAAUAGGGGAAGGGGUCAGAUUUAUCCUGAUGGUAGCAAAAGUAACAAUACAGUUUAUAAUGCUACGGCAGGAGGGAUAAUAAGCAAAAUUUUACGAAAAGAAAAAGGGGGAUACGAAAUAACCAUAGUGGAUGCAUCGAAUGAACGCCAAGUAAUUGAUAUUAUCCCUCGAGGCCUAGAACUUCUUGUCUCAGAGGGCGAAUCCAUUAAACUCGAUCAACCAUUAACGAGUAAUCCUAAUGUGGGUGGAUUUGGUCAAGGGGAUGCGGAAAUAGUACUUCAAGAUCCAUUACGUGUCCAAGGCCUUUUGUUCUUCUUAGGAUCGGUUGUUUUGGCACAAAUCUUUUUGGUUCUUAAAAAGAAACAGUUUGAGAAG